UGUGAUCAAAAGAUCCUGGGAAUAUUUUUGUCCGCAGAGUAAAAAAGUGAAGAUCCUUGAAGAGAAUAAGCAGAUCAGCCAGGAAGAUAAAGACCUGCAGGAAAAGUUUGAUUUCACUGUGAUGUCAUACAACAUCCUUUCCCAGGAUUUGUUAGAAGACAACUCCCACCUGUAUAAACACUGUAGAUACCAUAUACUAUCUUGGAGAUAUCGGUUUCCCAACAUUCUCUCAGACAUCAAACAGCUGGAUGCAGAUGUACUUUGCUUGCAAGAAGUCCAAGAAGACCAUUAUGGAAUAGAAAUCAAGCCCAGUUUAGAAGCUUUAGGCUACCAUUGUGAAUACAAGACGAGGACAGGAAGGAAACCUGAUGGCUGUGCUAUUUGCUUCAAGACUUCCAAGUUUAGCCUGCUCUCCUCAAACCCAGUGGAAUUCUUCCGCCGCAAUAUCCCACUGUUGGACCGAGAUAAUGUGGGGUUGGUUGUGCUCCUGCAGCCUCGGUUUCACUGUAAGGCUGACACAGCUAUAUGUGUGGCCAACACGCAUCUGCUAUACAACCCAAGACGGGGGGACAUUAAGCUAACCCAGCUAGCAAUGCUGCUGGCCGAAGUUACCAACAUAGCCAUUCGAGAAGAUGGACGUUUCUGUCCCCUUGUCCUCUGUGGUGACUUUAACUCUGUUCCUCAUUCUCCACUGUACAAUUUCUUGAGGGAAGGAAAACUGAACUAUGAAGGACUGCCUAUAGGGAAAGUAGGUAUCGAUUUCAAAAGGAACUGAUAUUGAUUUAAUAUUAAACUGCAUUUUAAUAUUAAACUAGGUGUCCCCACUGCAGUAGUAUGUUACUGGGCCCAAAGCCAGAGGGUUACAAUUCAGUAUCUGUAUUUCAGGGAACCCUAGGCUUUCUUGAAAACUUAUUGUCACUUCUUUAAUGGUGGUUUUUGCACAGCCCAAAUAUAACGAGCUGAGGAAGCUACUUAUCCCAUUUUGGGGAAGAACUUUACACAGGGCUCUUCCCCAAAACAGGUUCAGCCUGUUAUAUUUCCCUCAAUCCAGGUUUUACAAAAAGUGCUAAAUUACCAUUUUGCAGUCGCUUCCUGGAGGGGUGAAAUCUCCAGUGCGAAGGCAAAUGGGAAAACGGAUUUAUUUAUAACAUGUUACACAUGUUAUUAGUGAGCUGUGCAGAAACCACCAACGAGAAGAUCAGUAAUGGCAGACAGGCUUUAUGGGAAGUUAGUUGGCCACCUCCAUUCAUUUUCUCCUGCUGUGUGCAGUUGAUGCUGGACAGCAGACACUGAAGAGUUCUUCUCUAGACCGUAGGAUUUAUGGAAUAGUUUCCCCCAAAUAGAAAGUUUAGAAAGCCCUGUUGUAAUGGAUAGUAUGUUGAACAGACUAGAGACAUUUGGGUCCAAAUCUUAGAAUCAUAGAAUUAGAAGGGACCUCCAGGAUAGUCCUUCAUCAAGUCCAAUCUCGUUUGCAAGGCAGGAAAUCCACAUGAUGCCAGUGACCCCUUCUCAAUGCCAAGAAGAUGGCAAAAAAAACCCCUUUCAGGGUCCCUGGCCAAUCUGGCCUGAAGGAAAAUUGCUCUCUGAAUCCCCACCCAUAU